CUGAAAUCUGACCCUCUUUCUCUGGCUUGGAGAGAAAGCUUGCGGUUGCAAAACAAUACCUCUGACCGAAGGCGCGAUUCCGCUGCUGCUCCGCCUUUGCAACCGCUCCUCCUCUGCCCCCGAGGGCUUGCUUUGCAUUUCCCUGCUUUGAGGCAGACGGAGCUCACCUCAUCAGCUCUAGUUUGCUUUGGCGCACUGAGUAGGACAGCCCCUGGAGUAGUGACGUCACAAAGCCCAGCUCUAGUCACAAAGCUGUGGCCAGCCUGGGCUCAUUAAAAAAAAAAAAAAACCUGCGGGGGAAGCGCGCGCCUAGUGCCAGAUCUGCUACCCGUUGGCAAGAGCGCAGGUGUUCGGUGCACGGAGCAACAUGACACUCCAGACUGACUUUGAGGCUGCUGCAACAAAUGUUACAAAAUUAAAAUCCAAGCCCACUGAUGAUGAAUUAAAGGAACUGUAUGGACUCUACAAACAGGCCACUGUAGGAGACGUCAACACUGAGUGCCCUGGGAUGUUGGAUUUGAAAGGCAGAGCCAAAUGGGAGGCUUGGAAUCUGAAGAAAGGUACAUCAAAAGAUGAUGCUAUGAAAGCCUAUAUUUCUAAAACAAAUGAAAUGAUCCAGAAAUAUGGACUGUAGAAUUUCCUUAAACACUUCACCUUCAAGUAGUUAUUGGUACUUUCAAAACUAUAUUAUUAAUGUUAAUAUUUGGGCCUAAAACGUAAUCUGUAACAAUUUCAUUUUAAUAAUUGUGACAUGUUUGUACUUGUUUACAAUACAUUUUGUAUCUUAAUACAUCGCCUGUUUUCACCAGUAUUUUAGACUCCUCAUUCCAAUGACAGUCUUGUGGUACUUUAAAGUCUCAAACAUUUAUAAUAGCACAUAACCCUUUGUGAUCACUGCUCUAUCAGACGAUAUGUGGAACGUCAUUCUGACAGAAUAGCAUUAUAAUACACACACACAGUGAUUAUUGCUGGUUAAAAGCAGUAUUUGAUAAAUGAGAGUGGGAUACUAAAUUACAAGUUAAACAUGGUGACAAUGACAGAUUAAUUCAAUAACAAAAUAAAAUAAUUGGAUGAAGCA